ACUUUUUGUGUAUUUUAUGAGUAAACAUUAUGGUGCUGGUGGUAGCAGCAAAACCCAAUCUUGUCUCUUGCAACUUUCCAACUCUCAAAAACAAGUAUUCAAUUCAACCACAUACAUCAGCUACAACAAAAACAACAACAGCAUUGGUUUCACGAUGUUGUUUCAUCAGACCAAGUAGUUCCUUCAAGCCUGUAAUGACCAAAAACCCUUUUUCUGUUUCAUUUCGGAAAAAGGGUAGUUUUGUUGUUUGCCAUGAUUCCGACAGAGAGAGUGAGGUUAGGAACACCGGUGUUGAGGUUGUGGAGGAAGGAAAAAGAGAUUGGACUACCUCAAUUUUGCUAUUUCUCUUAUGGGCUGCACUUAUCUACUAUGUCUCCUUUCUCUCCCCAAACCAAACACCGUCUACGGACAUUUAUUUCUUGAAAAAGCUCUUGAAUUUGAAAGGAGAUGACGGUUUCAGAAUGAAUGAAGUGCUUGUUUCUGAGUGGUAUAUAAUGGGGUUGUGGCCUGUGGUAUAUAGCAUGCUGUUACUUCCCACUGGAAGAAGCUCAAAAAGCAAUGUUCCUGUAUGGCCUUUCCUGUCACUCUCGUUUUUUGGCGGCAUAUAUGCGCUGCUUCCUUAUUUUGUGCUCUGGAAACCUCCACCACCUGCUGUUGAAGAAGCUGAGCUUAAAACAUGGCCACUCAAUUUUUUGGAAUCAAAAGUUACUGCAUCGAUAUUGCUUGCUAUAGGGUUAGGCCUCAUAGUUUACGCUAGUUUAGCCGGGGAAGAUGUAUGGAAAGAAUUUUACCAGUACUGCAGAGGAAGCAAAUUUAUCCAUCUUAUGUCCAUUGAUUUUACUUUACUCUCAACAUUGGCACCAUUUUGGGUUUACAAUGACAUGACUGCUAGAAAAUGGUUUGACAAAGGUUCUUGGCUUCUUCCAGUAUCAUUGAUACCAUUGCUGGGUCCUGCUUUAUACAUUCUCCUACGGCCGUCACUAUCAACCUCUACUCCUGCUGAGUUAGAGUGAGUCCAUCUGGUACUGCCAACGAAUUUGUAUUCACAAGUUUAAUGCAGUAAGAAAAGCUGAAAUUGAUUGUUUGGUUUGGUUCCGAAUGACGGUUUCAUUCUCCAAAAUCCACAACAGAGUUGUAGUACCUCAACACAUUUUCACCAGUCCAUAAGAAUAUUAAAAUUCAUCAUUUUAGGCAUAAUCUUUGCAGAAACUUGUUUUCUUCUUUGGCUGUAUGUAAUAAUUCCUUGUAGAGAAGUUAUAUCACCAUCUACAUUUUUAUUAGCAUGGAUGAGAUUCAAAUUGAAAAAAGAGUAUUAUUAUCAAGUGUUAUUCCAAAAUCCUUAUAAAUGUUAUAGAUACUAGUAGAAACCUGACUUCUUUCUAUUGCACUUAUAUACUCCUUACAAAAUUUCCAAGUUUUGUUUUCCGUAACAUUAUAAACCUAUUUUGCUUUUACAAUUUUACCUAAUAGGAUCAAACUUGUCCUCAUUACAUGAUUUUUUCAGCUUCAUAUUUCUUCUCUUUUUUCUUUCUGCAUGGUAUCAAAGUCUACUAGGGUUUAGAAAAGUUUGCCGC